AUGGGGACAUAUGAUGCAGGUCGGAUCUGGCAUGGGAUUCUCGAAGGUAUCGGCGUGUUGGCAGUCAUCACCAACGCCUUCGUCAUUGCUAUCACCUCAGACUACAUCCCCCGCUUUGUCUACGCAUUCAAAUAUGGACCGUGUGUGGACAAGGGACACCACCAUGAGGAUGAGUGUUUGCGAGGCUACAUGAACAGCAGCCUGUCUGUGUUUGACAUGGGCGAGAUGAAGAACAGCAGCCAGUCCAGAUACUGCAGGUACAGAGACUACAGAGCACCGCCCUGGAGCUCAGUGCCGUACGAAUUCACCCUGCAGUUCUGGCACGUCUUGGCUGCCAGGCUGGCCUUCAUCAUCGUCUUUGAGCACCUGGUGUUUGGGAUCAAGUCCUUCAUAGCGUACCUCAUUCCGGACAUGCCAAAGGAUCUCUGUGAUCGUAUGAGGAGGGAGAAGUACCUGAUGCAGGAGAUGAUGUACGAAGCAGAACUAGAGCACCUGCAGAAGGAGAGAAAGAAGAAAGGACGGCGUUAUCACCAUGAGUGGCCUUAGCUUUACCCACCACUUCUCCACUACACACCGCACAGCCCUCAACUCACAGGCAUGUCCUCCCCAGCCUGCUUAUUUAUGUGUUUUAGCUUUGAGAGUCUAGCUCCACUCGGCUGAUUCUAUACACCAAAGACACCCCCGUUUAGUAACCAGAUCCUUCCCCAAAACUGUCUGGCUUCAGGCUCUGACCCUCGCCAUCUGUUCCACAUCCAGUGUUGGGCUGCUCUUCUGGCCCCACCCCGCUCCUCCUCGAGCCCUCACCUGGCUUCAUCCAGCAGGUUGCCCUUGGAUCUGUGCUGUGUCAUAGCUUCACUGGAAAACCCUGUGCAAUUGUAAUGUUUACUAUGCAGAUCAAGGGCUGCAGAUCACCACUGUUCACCCAUCCUACAUUCUCUCUCUCUGUGUGUGGCAGCUAGCUCUCCGCAUGGCUGCGUUUUUCUCCCGUGAGCAUUAGCAGAGCCGUUCUGCUGCUAAUGUGAUAGAGCUACUAUGGCACUUAGCAUUUCUUGUUGCAAAAGUGAUUCUGGUGAUGUGGCUACCAAAUACAAUGGACACUGUUGUUGCAAAGCGACUGUAUAUUGUCCCUGAAGCAUGCUGAUCAAUAUUUGCAGCUAUAUGGUGAACUGCGAAGAGAAUAAAAUUAAGACAACUGCACACAUCCUGUAGGAUGUUAACAUCUAUUCUGUACAUUCUCUAUGAAAUCAUAUCAAGUGCAUGGUGAUAUUGUUUUGUAUCUUUUGAUAGACAAAGUCGCUGUGUUGAUGCCUGGUUCACAUGUGUCUGUACUCAGUGCAAGCUAAAUGUCAAUCUCCGUCUGUGCUACUGCUGAGCUUGACUUUCUUGAGUGGAGGAAAUGUGAACUUAGUGCAAUUAGAUUGUGCCUACUGCUCACCACAAUUGUGUCACGAACAUCACAUGUGCCUGUUUGUGCUGCACAUGCUUUUUCAAGUGCAAGAAAUGUUCUCUUUCCUCAUUCUGUUGUCUGAUCUUCUGUUAACUCUCUGAACUCUCCUGUUUGGAUUUGCUUUGGAUGUGAGUCCCACCACAGUACCUACUCGGGUCUCAGCUAAUGGCUCUGAAACAUGUCGACGGUGUACGUUGUAAUGUGACUCCCACCAUUAACAAUGUAUACAUGCACGCAGGUACUGCAAAUCUGCUCUUCCGUUCUGUGCUCGCAGCCUGUUUUUCAUUUGUUGUUGGAAGCCCUGAAGCGUGGUUGAAACUUGGAUCACUUAGACAUACCUGUGGCUUGGGUGUUCAAGUUUACAAAGAACAUCCAACCACUGUUCGUCACUCACAGCACACCAACAUAUUUCAGUUUGGGUCCUUUGCUAACUAAGCACACAGUCAGAUGCAGUGUCGGCUGCUUUCGGACCUUUUAUUGAUGUGAAACCUAGAAAUUCGGUUUUGUUAAACGCAGAGUCAUGACAUUGCCUUUACUUGUGGUCAGUUCUGAUGUCAUGGAUUACAGAACUCAGGAAAACAGGCAGCAUGUGCGAAGUAUCCAUCUGUGAAUCUGAGUCAGAAUCAUAAUCAUUUCCUGUUUCAUUCACGAUGAGAUGGAGAGUCGUGUAGUGCGUGGAGUAAACAGUAUUAAUGAGGAGUGUUUUCAUUUUGUAGGUGAUGAGAACUUCAACAUCAGCCCAAGACCUUCCAUACAGGUCAUGUUGAUCAUAUGAUGUUUGAUACGAUUUAGAGUUAACGACAUUAUGCACAGUAAACGUGAAAGUUACAUGAACCUAACACCUGAAGGUAAAGAAUAUCACUACCCUGAAUGCAUUGCACAACACUGAAAAAACUAUUCAUUAUUUAAAAAUAAGUGUACAUUAUUUAAAUUAGUUUAGUUAUGUUGCAUUGUAUAUACAUUUUAUUAUAUGUGGAAUGUUUUUAUACUUUUUAUUUUGUGCUAUCAGUAUGAGUUUACCUGUUUUCAUCCUCAGAUAAACAAAGUAAUGUCCACAUUUCUCAGGUGUCUUAUGAAUGUUUGCAGAUGAUAAACUUUUUAUCAUAUUUUCUAAAAUCCUGCUUUUUUAAAUUAUAUUUUUGCACUGGUAGUGCAUUCGCAUGACUAUUAUGCACACUCACAGUUAAAGCAUGUUUUUUAAUUUUAAAAUUUUAAAAUAUUGAAAAUCAUGGAAUACCAUCAUGGGGACAUAUGAUGCAGGUCGUAAGAUGUAAUGAUGCUUUCAGUUCAUAACGUUCAAUCCAGUGAUUCAAACAAGUGUUUUUAAAACAUAUUCCAAUACUAAAGAAAUUACUCCGGGUUUUCAGAAUAUCUUCCCUGCUAUGUGAACACUGAAAAUCUAUGCAUGUUGUUAUCCUUGAGUGCUAUGUUGAUUUUGAACAAAUGCAGAUGUAAAUGUACUGGUACAUUGGUACUGUAAAGUAUGCAUGACCUAACAUCUGCCUUGAGCAGAGCUAACUUCUGUACAGUUGUUAACAGCGUCUUAAACAUAUCACCUCCGCUUUUCAGUGUUGAACAUGACAAGACAUUGUGUUUCUUGAUUUGACAGAAUUUUAUACUGUAAGAUAAUUUUCUAAAUAACAUCUUAGACUCUAGACUAAUUUCUAUAAUCUGGCCUGGACUGAAUUUAAGAGUCUGAUCAAACGAAACAUGUCAAUCCUCAAAUUUGCUCUGUUUGAACAGUCAACUGGGAAUUAGUAUAAUGUUUACCUCCUGACAGCUGAAGUGUUUAACUUUAUGGGAUUGGUUGGGAGAGUUAUGAAUGAAUAACUACAUAACCUUGAAUGUUUGACUUGCCCAGCUACUACUAAUUUCCAGAUGGAUCUUUGUCCUGUUAUCUUCUCUUCUCUGGCAGCAUCGGUGUCCCUUCUCACUAAUACAAAUACUGCGCGGUGGUGGAAAGGUGUCUCAUGCCUUUCACUGUUGGCAAUAGCACAAUAUGGGUAUUGCAUAAUAAGUUAUUAUGGCAUGACCUUGCACAUCUCUGAAAACAUUGCAGUCUAGAGGGGGAUUAUGCUUUCUGUUCUAUGCUAUGCCUCCUAAUAGGAUUGUGCUUGAGCAAGUGAUGUGUGACUUGACGUGGAAGCACGGUGAUGUUAGACCAUAGAUUUAACUGCAUAAUAGGAUGGUAUCAGUUGUGACAUGAAGUAUAUCAAUGACAUUGUUGACUUCGUUCCUGUUUACAUGUAAAAACAUAUUGAAAUGUAUAAAAAUAAUGUAACAUAAAAUAAUUUGGAUAUCACUUUUUUCUGUAAUAAAUCAUGGAUUGUAUCUUUUAAAUCAAA